AUGAGUCAAAAUAGAAAGAAAAUUUCAUUGUCACAAAAAAUAGAUGAUUCAGAAGUCUCCUUUGUAGAAUCUAAAAAAGCUUCUAAAACAAUUAUUCAAUCUCUACUUAGAGCAGGAAGAAAUCUUUCUAAAAUUCAUGAUCGAUUGAUAUCUCAAAGACCUCAUGAAGUUUCCAAAAUUAUCAGGUCUCACAAAGCAGUUAAUGAAGAAGAAAUAGAAAUCUUAAAAGUAAAAAUUGUCCCAAAAGCAAUGAUUAAUGAAGGAACUCAGAUGGAUUUUAAUUUCACUAGAGAUGAUGAAUCGAAAAGUGAGAUAGAUAAAGCUGAUACAAAUGUCAAGGAAAUACUUAAAGAAUCAUCUCCUAUUGAAUUUGAAAAUCCGAUUUUAAAGAAAUGAUCAGACCAAACAUUUUAUCGAAACCCUCAAGAGCAAGAGAGCAAUGAACUUUUUGAAAAAAUAGGAAAUUGAGAUGAAAAUUACAUCAUUUAUCCUAAAAGUAGACUAUAUAAGGAUAUUUCAGCGAAUUUAGGAAGGCCUUCUUUGCUUAAGUUGCAUAGGCAAAACAAAGAGAGGCUUUAUAAUUUUCGACAUAAGGCACAUAGAAGAGCUUCAAGUGUAAAUUCUGGCCAAAACUUUCCAGAAGUUAAAAACAAGGAGAGAUUUUCAACAAAAGAUAAGAACACAAAAUUAAGAGAAGACCGAAGCAUUUGGCAAUAUAAACCGGUUGAUGCAGGAAUUUUCGACUAUGAAAAACUUCUAAAUAAGAAUAGGCGAUCAUCAACUCCUUUUAUAUCAUCAAGAAUGUAA